CCUCCUGGCUGCUCUAAACAGGCUGAAGAUGGGAUUCUCCUUCUUCCGCCCUCCCAAAGCUUCAGUGUUUUUUCCCCGUGACGACUGGGAUGGUGGCUGGGGCUGCAGGCAGUGGGUGAGGGACUCUUGUUGUUGCAGAUGCGGGUGACCUUCGAGGAGGUGGCUGUGUAUUUCACCCCGGGGCAGGGGGCGCUGCUGGGCCCCGCUCAGAGAGCCCUCUACAGGGACGUCAUGCAGGAGAACUACGAGGCGGUGACCUCGCUGGGGUUUCCUGUUCCCAAACCUGAGCUGAUCGCCCGGCUGGAACGAGGGGAAGAGCCCUGGGUGCCCGACCUCCAGGCCGGGGAGGAAAGAGAGAUCCGGAGAGGCACCCGCACAGCAGGUGAUGAGAAUGCAAGUGAGAUGGAGGAAAGGAAUCAACAGAAGGAAGUUUAUGAGGAAAUGGACCCAGAAUGGCCCUUUGUGGUACCAGCUACAGGGACUUUUCCACCGUACUUGGAACAGAAUGAAGCCUGGGGACAUUGGCGCAGCUCAGAGAGGCUGCUGGGAAACUACCCGAGGAAGAAAGUGCAUACAUCUGGGAGAGGAGACAAGGAUCCCACGGCCCAGCAGACUGAUCCCAAAGAAGAGAAAUCCCACCAGUGCCUGCAGUGUGGGGGAGGCUUCAUUCUGAGAUCCCACCUCGAGACACCUGGGACAAUCCAUUCCGGAGAGAAACCCCUUCAAAGCUUGGACUGUGGAGAAAGCUUCAAUCCCUGCUCAGACCUUAAUAACCAAGGGAGAAACCACCCAGGAGAGAAACCCUGUCAGUUCCUGAAGUGUGGGAACUGUUUGAAUGGGAAAUGGGCACCAGUCACACGGCGGAAGAAUCAUACAGGAAAGAGACCCCAUAAGUGCUUAGAUUGUGGGAAAAGUUACAUACAGAGGUCAGACCUUGUGAAACAUCAGGUAAUCCACACAGGAGAGAAGCCCCAUCAGUGUCUGGAGUGUGGGAAAUGUUUCAGGCUGAGAUCAACUCUUGUAAACCAUCAAAGGAUCCACACUGGGGAGAGACCCCAUAAGUGCUUGGAGUGUGGGAAAAGUUUCACACGGAGAUCAGACCUCGUCAGGCAUCUGGCAAUCCACAUUGCAGAGAGACCCCACAAGUGCUUAGACUGUGGGAAAAGUUUUGUACAGAGGUCAGACCUUGUUGCUCAUCAGAGAAUCCACACAGGAGAGAGACCCCACAAGUGUUUGGACUGUGGGAAAAGUUUCAGGGUCAAGUCAGCCCUUCAUAAACAUCAGGCAAACCACACGGGAGAGACAAUCCAUAAGUGUUUAGUCUGUGGGAAAAAUUUCAUAUGGAGGUCGGAGUUUGUUAGACAUCAGGCUAUUCACACCGGAGAAAAGCCCCAUCAGUGCUUGGACUGUGGGAAAAGUUUCAUACGGAGGUCAGACCUUGUUAGACAUCAGUCAAUCCACUCAGGCGAGAAACCCCAUAAGUGCUUAGACUGUGGAAAAAGUUUCAUACAGAGAUCCAUUCUUGUAAAUCAUCAGAGAAUCCACACUGGGGAGAGACCCUUUAAGUGCUCAGACUGUGGGAAAAGCUACAUACAGAAGUCACACCUCAGUACGCAUAGAAGAAUUCACACAGGGCCUAAAAUUUUGUGACUCUUCCCAAGAAAGGCGUAAGCAACAUGCAGCCUAAUUGGCUGAUUCACCCUUUAGAGACAUAUUAGAAAUGUGUCAAUGGUGAGUAGGUUCCAUUCCACAUUAGCUGUGAAAAGUGAACUUUUGUUAUUAAAGACCUGGAAGAAGAGAUUGAAAA